AUGAGUGCAUUAGUUUUAGGUGCAACAGGUUUAUGUGGUAGUUUUUUUGUAAAAUUUGCUGAAAAAGCAGCUAAAUUUACUUCUGUAAAUACAAUUACAAGGAGAGAAUUAGAUUUUGAGUCAAAAGCUAAUCAAAUAGUCGAAAAAGACUCAACCAAGUGGUCAGAAUUAAUUCCAGACGAUACAAAAUACUUAUUUAGUGGUUUAGCUACUACUAGAGCCGCUGCUGGCGGUUUAGAUAAUCAAUAUAAAAUUGACUAUGAUUUAAAUAUUGAGUUGGCAAAAGCCGCAAAGGAAAAGGGAUGUUCAACUCUUGUGCUAGUAAGCUCUGCUGGCGCAAAUGAACAUUCUUGGAUUGCUUAUUUGAAAAUGAAAGGUGAAAUAGAGAGAGAUAUGAUUAAGUUAGGUUUCGAUCAUACAAUUAUUUUACGUCCUGGUGCUAUUUUAGGUGAAAGAACUUCUCAUCAUAAAGGGUUUGGUAAUGAUUUUGGUGUAUUUGUUGGUCGUAUGUUCUACAGAUCAAAAUGCCAAUUUUUGGUGAAGUAUCCUGUCUAUGCUGAAGAAGUAAGUAAAGUUGGAGUACAUUUAGCUUUGGAAAACUCUGACCAAAAAGUUCAAAUAAUUGAAAGUUCAGAAAUCUUAGAAAUUGCUAAAAAUUUAGAAUAG